AUGAGACGGGAGAACCAGAGCCGCGUGUCCCAGUUCCUCCUCCUGGGGCUCCCCAUCCUGCCGGAGCAGCAGGGCGUGUUCUUCGCCCUGUUCCUGGGCAUGUACCUGACCACGGUGCUGGGGAACCUGCUCAUCAUGCUGCUCAUCAGGCUGGACUCUCGCCUCCACACCCCCAUGUACUUCUUCCUCAGCCACCUGGCCUUUUGUGAUGUCUCCUUUUCUUCUGUCACUGUCCCCAAGAUGCUCAUGAACAUGCAGACUCAGCAUCCAUCCAUCCCCUAUGAGGGGUGCAUUACUCAAAUGUAUUUUUUUAUAAAUUUUAGCUGUCUUGAAAAUUUCCUUCUUGGAGUGAUGGCAUAUGACAGGUAUGUGGCCAUUUGCAACCCGCUCCACUACGUCGUCAUUAUGAGGAAGGAGCUGCGUGUCUUACUGGGGGCUGGGUCCUGGUUCUUCUCUUGUAUACAUGCCCUGUUGCACACCCUCCUCCUGUCCUACCUGUCCUUCUGUGCUGACAACACCAUCCCCCACUUCUUCUGUGACAUCACUGCCCUCCUGAAGCUGAGCUGCUCAGACACCUCCCUCAAUGAGCUGGUCAUCUUCACUGAGGCGGGAGUGUUAACUCUCCUGCCAUUGAGUGCUAUUUUGGGCUCUUAUGUCUCUAUUGGGGCCACCAUCCUGAGGGUCCCCUCCAUGAAGAGGAUCUGCAAAGUUCUGUCCACCUGUGGUUCCCACCUCUUCGUGGUGUUUUUGUAUUAUGGAACUCUUGCAAUUAUUUACUUCUUUCAUUCCUCAAACAAUUCUAAAGUCAAGGAUGCGAUUGCUUCAGUUAUGUAUACAGUGGUGACCCCCAUGUUAAACCCCUUCAUCUACAGCCUGAGGAAUAGAGACAUGAGAUUGGCUUUGGGGAUUCUUUGCAGAAAGGGGAUUGUAUUUGCUGAGUGA